UGUUAGGCCCACUCUCCCAAAGCAAAGCGGGAGAAAAGUGUUAGCCCGACCAACAUAGCGCUCACACACGUACUCAGCGGGACUGACGGGAGCACCAGACACCGCCGUAGCCUCCAGGACGACAUCACCGGAGAAAAAGAAGCACUCGUCGGCCCGUUGCCAUGGAGGGCGAGGUUGUUUCCAUGGAGACCACUCAGGCUGCUGCCCUGGCUCCUGAAGGGAAGGUCCUGCCAGAGGGCGGAGAGGCCUUGAUCCAAGGGGCAGCCAUGGCUCCACAAGGGGAGGUGGCUGGUAAUAUGGAGAUGAUGGUGAUGGAUGCUCUCGAUCCGACUCUGCUGCAAAUGAAGACAGAGGUGUUGGAGGGAGGCGGCACAGUGACUGUCACUGGUGGAGAAGAGGGUCAGAUCAUCACCCUCCAGGUGGUGAAUAUGGAGGAGCAGGCAGGGGCGGCUCUAGGACUCGGGCAGCUUCAGCUGGUGCAGGUGCCGGUCACAACAGCGACUGUAGAGGGGUUUCAGGCCACAUACGUUGAUGCUUCAACAGCUAACAAGGACGCAGAUCCGGUUAUUUGUCAUACUCUUCCCUUGCCUGAGGGCUUCCAGGUGGUGAAAGUGGGCGCCAAUGGAGAAGUGGAGACCGUGGAGCAGGAUGAACUCCAGGCAGCCCACGAUGAGCUUCAAGGGACACGAGGAGAGGGGGAGGAAGAGGAUGAAGAGCCAGCAGAAGAGGAACCCCCUGAGAGCCAGCAAGACGACCCUGAGUGGCACAAGGACUCAGACUACCAGCCUAUUACCGGUGUCCGUAAAGGAAAGAAAGGAAAGAAGAGCCAGCUGCGCUAUGCAGAGGGUGAUCGUGGCAUGGACGUCUCUGUGUACGACUUUGAAGAAGAGCAGCAGGAGGGGAUGCUGUCAGAAGUGAAUGCUGAGAAGGUUGUGGGCAACAUGAAGCCACCGAAACCCACCAAGAUCAAGAAAAAAGGUGUAAAGAAGACUUUCCAGUGUGAGCUCUGUAGCUACACCUGUCCACGUCGCUCCAACCUGGACCGACAUAUGAAGAGCCACACAGACGAGAGACCGCAUAAAUGUCAUCUGUGUGGAAGAGCCUUUAGAACAGUCACACUGCUGAGAAACCACCUCAACACACAUACAGGCACACGACCACAUAAAUGCACAGACUGUGACAUGGCAUUUGUGACCAGUGGUGAGUUGGUGCGCCAUCGUCGCUACAAACACACACAUGAGAAGCCCUUCAAGUGCUCCAUGUGCGACUAUUGCAGUGUGGAGGUGAGCAAGUUGAAAAGGCACAUCCGCUCUCAUACUGGGGAGCGGCCCUUCCAGUGCAGUCUCUGUAGCUACGCCAGCAGAGACACUUACAAGCUGAAGAGACACAUGAGGACACAUUCAGGUGAGAAGCCGUACGAGUGCUACAUCUGCCACGCUCGUUUCACACAGAGCGGCACCAUGAAGAUGCACAUUCUGCAGAAACACACGGAGAACGUGGCCAAGUUCCACUGCCCACACUGUGACACUGUCAUUGCACGCAAGAGUGACCUUGGUGUUCACUUGCGGAAGCAGCACUCAUUUCUUGAAACAGGAAAGAAAUGUCGUUACUGUGACGCUGUGUUUCAUGAGCGAUAUGCUCUUAUCCAACACCAGAAGACCCACAAGAACGAGAAACGUUUCAAGUGCGAUCAGUGUGACUAUUGCUGCAGACAGGAACGCCACAUGAUAAUGCACAAGCGCACACACACAGGGGAGAAGCCAUUUGCCUGCAGCCAGUGUGACAAAACAUUUCGGCAGAAGCAGCUUCUGGACAUGCACUUCAAGCGCUACCACGACCCCCACUUUGUGCCCACCGCCUUCAUCUGCAACAAGUGCAACAAGACAUUCACCCGCAGGAACACGAUGCUGCGUCACACUGACAACUGCACGGGCGAAGAUGUCGGAGAAGAAAAUGGAUCUCCACCCAAAAAGAGUCGCCGUGGCAGGAAGAGGAAGAUGCAGGCCAGGAAAGACGAUGAUGACGACGACACAGGUAUUGGUGACUUGGACGAGGCAGAAGAUGAAGACGAUCUGCUGGCUGAGAUUGAGAUGGAACAGGCCCCACCAGUCGUCCCCAUCCCGGCCCCUGUGGAGCCACCAGUCAAGAGGAAACGUGGUCGGCCCCCGAAGAACAAACCUGACACGGCUGCUAUCAUCCGUGUGGAGGAUGAAGCCACCGGAGAGGUAGAUGACAUCAUUGUGAAGAAGGAGGUUGGAGCUGAUGAUCAGGAGGAUGAGUCCGCUGAGGAGGUGGUGGUCGGCGGAGGGAAGUCGACCAUCCAGCUGGAGGAGUUGUCCCAGGGGGAGGAGGCAGCACAGGGGGCGCAGCUGUCAGAGGCCCCACCUAAUGGAGACCUCACCCCUGAGAUGAUCCUCAGCAUGAUGGACCGGUGAUGGAUGCCAGGGGCCGACCUUGUAAACACACACCAGACCCUCGGUUCACAUUUUCAUUUAAUUCUUGGCAUUUGGGGUUAUAAAAACUUGCAUCAUGCAGAGAAACAAACAUCACUGUUGUAAUUUUAAGAUUUGCUUUUUAAUUAUGUAUUGAUGAAGUGGAGAAAAAUAUUUUAACAAUGAUUUACCUACCAACAUUUUUAUUUUCUGUACAUUUCUGAGUUUGGGGUGGCUGUAAUUGAUGGCAGAAUCUUUAGCCUUCUCACUAUUGCUUUUUAAAAAAAAAAAAAAAAGAGAAAAGGUUUAAUAACUAACUAUGGUUGACGACAACUACGUUACAAAAUACUGAAAACUUUAUUAUAACAGCCAAAUAUUACUCUUAAGUUUAGUCUGUGUGUGUGUGUAUAACUUUCCAAAGAAUUUUUAUGUUACACAUUUGUUGGUAAUUAUAAGUCUUGCCAUUGGGUUAAACUCGUUGGUCCAUAGUAGAGCAACCAGAUUGUGGGCUGUAUUUAUUUAGCUAAAUUUCAAUCAAUGUACAAUAUCCUCACUGAAGAGAUUAGUUUACCUCUCAGUUGAGACAAAAAAAUGCUUUCCAGGAAAAUGUGUGAUCUUAGAGCAGCAGAAGAUGCAAAAAUAUGAAAAUUGACAGGCUAAUUAAGUUAAAUCAUCAAAAAGACAGUGGGUACUUUUGAGGCAGAUAAAGAGAUUGCCAUUAAUUACAGCCAAGAUGAGAAAAAUCUAAUAUUUUGAACAUUUUUAUUUUUGGUUUUCUUGCUGUGGUUUAGUAUAUCUUUUUUAAGCAUAGUCUAGUUUUUAAAGGCUUCUAGACUGCAUACCUUUUUUAUGCUCCUUUACUGUAACACCCCCUAGAUGAUGCAUAUGUAUUAAACAUUGUCACUGAUUAUGUGCAAGGAAAGAAUGUUGUUUUGCUCCCUUGUGUAGCCAUUCCACGUUUGGGUUUUUUUUUCUUUUUGUACCGUUGGCAAUGCAAAUGCUACAUAGCAGCUUGAAUGACAUUUUUAUAACUGUGUGGCAGAUGAGAACAGAUGUAUGACUGUACAACCAAUAAAAAGAAGUAGACAUUGACACUGAUGGUUAAGGUUUGUGCAGUAAUCUCAUGGGAUAAUUUAAUCAUGAAUAUUUAAAAGUUAAAGUCUGGUUUGGUUGGGCAGCUACCACAUUUUUAGUGCUACAGUUGUAGCAAAAGAAAAUGCUUAUCAUUGUUUAUCAAAAUCAUCUGAGUGCUGACACAGAAAUGUUAGUGUAUUUUGCUUGCAAAUAUAUUUUAUUAAACAGAUUAAUUGAUA